UCCGCCUGCCUCUGCCUCUGCCUCCCAAAUGCUGGGAUUAAAGGCGUGCACCACCACCGCCCGGCGCAAGCUAACUUUCUUACCUUUCUAUUUCAGUAUAGAACCUGACCUCUACCCACAUUCCUAAACGUCCCUCCACCCAGAAUCCCCUUCUGCAGAACACCCUGUGUGUGUAUUCCCCCAUCCUAUCUGAUCCCAGUAUUCUGGUUCUGUUGUUUGCCCUCUGGGUAAGAAAGAGGUUGGGUUGUACUUGUCUUGGGACCACUGCGAUCUCUAGUGCAUCUUCUAUUGUGUUUCCAGACAUUUCUUAUUUUGUUUUUUGUUUCUCGAGACAGGGUUUCUCUGUGUAGCCCUGGCUGUCCUGGAAAUCGCUCUGUAGACCGACCAGGUUGGCCUCGAACUCACAGAGACCCACCUGCCUCUGUCUCCCAAGUGCUGGGAUUAAUGGCGUGCGCCACCACUGACCGGCUACCACUUUUCCUGGAGGGGAAAGUCCUGCAUAUGAUGACUCAUCUGCUUCCCCACCCCCACCCCCAGGUGUUUUGGGAAGAAGGCAUCAUGUCUGGCUACCGAUGCCCCACAAGCUCUGCCUUAGACUGUGUUCUCAGCUCCUUCCAGAUGACUAAUGAGACGGUCAACAUCUGGACUCACUUCCUGCCCACCUGGUACUUCCUGUGGCGCCUCCUGGCGUUAGGCAGCCCGGGCUUCCGCGCGGAGCCGUACCACCUACCGCUGCUGGUCUUCCUACUACCCGCCUGCCUCUAUCCCUUCGCAUCCUGCUGCGCGCACACCUUUAGCUCCAUGUCGCCCCGAGCUCGUCACAUCUGCUACUUCCUGGACUACGGGGCGCUCAGCCUCUACAGCCUGGGCUGCGCCUUCCCCUAUGCCGCCUACUCCAUGCCGGCCUCCUGGCUGCACAGCCGCCUACACCAGCUCUUCGUGCCCGCUGCUGCGCUCAACUCCUUCCUGUGCACCGGCCUCUCCUGCUACUCGCGGUUCCCAGAGCUAGAAAAACCCGGGUUCAGUAAGGCUCUCCGCACAGCCGCCUUUGCCUACCCCUUCCUGUUUGACAACCUCCCACUGUUCUACAGGCUGCGGUUGUGUUGGGGAAGGGCCCAUAGUUGUGGGCGGGACGAACUGAGCUCCAGCCAUGGUUACCACCUUCUCUGCGCUCUGCUCACAGGCUUCCUUUUUGCAGCCCGUCUACCUGAGCGCCUGGCACCUGGGCGCUUCGACUAUAUUGGCCACAGUCACCAGCUGUUCCACAUCUGUGCAGUGCUGGGCACCCACUUCCAGCUGGAAGCAGUGCUGGCUGAUAUGGGAUCCCGCAGAGCCUGGCUGGCCAUGCAGGAACCCACCCUGGGCCUGGAGGCCACCGUGGCCACCUUGAGCAUGGCAGUGAUUGGGAACCUUCUCAUCAUCGCCGCUUUCACGGCCUUCUUGCUGCAGAUCCCUGGAACCUGCCCCCUGCUGCAGGGUAGCCCGCUUGAAGAGGGACUCCAGACUAAACAACAGUGAGCCCUGUUGGCAUGGAGGGAGACAGGGGCCAGGCCUCACUGCUGUGGAGGGGCCCUGACACGGGCCUGAGAAAGUGGCAGCUAUUCUGAUCCUGAAAGAGGUCUGAAGAGAAGAGGUUCUCUAGGGAUGGGUGAAGGCCUGUGAGUGGACACAGGUACCAGGCAGGAGCAGAGUUGGGGAUGUGAGGCCUCUCACAGGCCUUCUGCCACGCUGCCCUGGAUCUUGCUCACCUCAGGUCUCCACUGAGAGCUUGUUCCAUCAGGGCCAUAUACCCACACUGCCCCAGGGCAGGACUGUGCCACCUGUUAGCAACUCUGUCUACACACGAGCUGCCUGUCCUGCUCACCACUGUGACCAGGCCUUUGCUGACUUGUAUGUUUCGAUGUGUCCCCGGUGAGAUAAUGGUUGUAGUGGGGAUUGCUGUGGGGAGGUGGGCUGCAGGACUUUAGGAAACCACCUCCGGUGCUAUCCAUCACAAAGCAGUAUAAUAAAGAAGCAAAUGAACUAG